ACGAAGAGCGCUAUCAAAGGCAAGCGGCUGUGAAAAUCCGCGUUUUAAGUGCAGCGGCUCUCAAGUUAAGCGCUUGAACCAGGUUCGUAUGUAGCUGAACUUUUAUCCACCUAAGAGAUCAGGUGGAGCUUAUGGGCGGCCGGGCCAGCGUUUUAAGAUGGUCAGCAGGCAAUAUUGCGUGCUGGAGUAUCAUUAUCGAUGGGGUACAUCAUUGGGUUCUCCUUUCAAGUUGCUAUCAGGCCAAUCAUUCACAUCAACAGGUUUUCCUGAUUCUGCGGAAGCUGGCAUCAGUAAAGUGUCAAAUUUCUUGACGCACCUUGAUCACACUUUGCUGACUUUCAAGACUUCAAGUUCAAUUUAGAUGAGGCAAGAAUAUCUGGGUUGGUCUAAGCGAAAUCCUUCAGACACGUUGAGCGAAGGGUAGUUCAAGUGUAGUGUAAAU